AUGUGCGGCGCAAAACGAUGUCCUAAACAGCAUCCUCCUUCGCUUCAAAUCGACAGCGCCACCAAAAACCAAAUUCAUCCCAUCGAGACAGAUAAAGCCCGCACCGCGAAAGACUACUCCUGCAACCGGCCCAACUCAAGCUGGCCAACCGUGGAGGCCGACGCUUCGACCAGUACAGUCACACCGGAGAAACUCCUGAUUUACCAUGGAGGAACGGGGAGGGGUGUGUUUCUGGGCAUGUUGCGAGGUGCAACGAUAUUCGUGUGCGGUGUCUCGACUCUGAUCAUCGCCCCGGCGUUUUUCGCCGAUGAGUUUCCUGCAUAUCUCGCGCCAUUGAUUGUCAUUGGUGGCGCCCUCCCCCUAGCCUUCGUCGCGUAUACAACAGCGCCAUUCGUGAAUCACAUCUAUCUCCAUCUGCCCGCCUUCGCGAGAAAGUCGCGGGAGACUGCUCUUGAUUACGCUCGAAACCUGCCCUCAACUGCAAUGGUUUCAAUCCGCACCAUGAAAAUCACUCUCAUUCCGCGGGUGACAGAGGUACACGUCUCGAAUCUCGUCCCUGACAAGGCCCUGCUUCGACCGGUCUCGUUCCGCAACCGAGACCCAGUGUCUGUGCCGUGGUGGCGAGGCGGCACAUUGAAACAGUUCUACGCGAUGGAAAAGAGCAGAGAUACUCGCAGCACAUCGAAGUUUUAUCCUGAAUUAUGGGAGCAUGUGCACAAACAAAUAUAUAGCCAGAGGCCAGGGCCGCAACAGUGA